AUGACUGUUGCGUAUCAACGGGACGAACCAAUUCCUGUCACACUUAUUUCUGGAUUUUUAGGUAGUGGAAAAACUACAUUAUUAGAAAACAUCCUAAAACAAGAACAUGGAUACAAGAUUGCAGUUAUUAUUAAUGAUAUUUCUAGUUUAAAUAUUGAUGCAUCAUUAAUUAAGAACCACAAGAUUGUUACAACUGAGGAGAAAGUCAUCCAGUUCCAAAAUGGUUGUAUAUGUUGUACAUUACGUGGUGAUUUGCUUGAAGAAUUAAUUAAAGUUUGUAAGGGUGACCAAUUCGACUACAUCAUCAUUGAGAGUACCGGUAUCGGAGAACCGAUGCAGGUUGCAGAAACAUUCACCCAGGAAUUCUCCGAGUUAAUGGCUGAAACUGCAGGUAACGAGGAAGAUAUUGGUAUCCUAAAAGAAAUCGUCCAAAUGGGUGGAUUGAAUAAAUUGGCGAGAUUAGACACUUGCAUUACUGUUGUUGACGCUGUCAAUUUUUCAAAUGAUAUUGAAACAACAGAUUACUUGGCUGAUAGAUGGGGGUCUAAAAACAACAGCAUGAGUGAGGAAGAUCGUACGGUGACCGAUUUAUUGGUUGAUCAAAUCGAGUUUUCUGAUUUGAUCAUUAUCAAUAAAGUUGAUGGUGUCUCAAAGAGGAUGUUGAAAAAGAUCAAAAAGAUUGUCCAUACUUUGAACCCUGUCGCUCGUAUAAUCACAACCAACUAUUCCAAAGUUAGUAAUGAUAAACUGUUAAAUACUCGUUUGUUUAACUUUACGAAGGCUUUGACGUCCCCUGGUUGGUUGAGAAGUUUAGAUGAAUCCAACAACAGGAUUGGUUAUGGUAAUGAUUUGGAAAAGAAUAGAGUUACUCCUAAGCCUGAAACUGAGGAAUAUGGUAUCAACAAUUUUGUUUAUAGAGCACGGAAACCUUUUCACCCUCAAAGAUUGUACGACACAUUGUGUGAUAAGUUUCAAAUCAUUGAGAGAAUCAACUUGCCUGAAGCAGAUGGUGUUGACGAAAACGUGAGUGAAGAGGAAGACGAAGAACAAGAGGAAGAAGGUAAUGAACAAGAAGGAGAAAAAGAGGAUGAAGAGAAUGGGGAAGGAGAAGAAGGAGAAGAUGAUGAUGAUGAGGAGGAGGAGGAGGAAGGCCAGGAGCUAACCAAGGAGGAAAUGUUAAGAAACAAGAGAAACUCUCCUCUCAAUCAUGUCGUCAGAUCCAAAGGUUUCUUCUGGUUAGCAACAAGAUAUAUUUUACGUGGUGAAUGGAGUUCUGCUGGAUCAAUGUUAACAUUUAGUGCAGGAACACCAUGGUUUGGAGCAAUGGCUAAAGAAUACUGGCCCCAAGAUCCUGAGACCGUGGCCUCUGUCAGAGCUGACUUUGAGGGAGUCCAUGAAGACAGGAGAAAUGAAAUUGUUUUCAUUGGGUUCAAGAUCAAUCCUGCUAAAAUUAAAGCAUUGUUUGACAGUUGUCUAUUGACUGAUGAAGAGUACGAGGAAUUCAACAAAGUUGCGUCCCAACGUGACCUAGUGAAAAUCGAAAAAGAGUUGUCCACAAUGUACGAAGAUGGAUUCGAAGAUUGGGACUUUAUCCAAGAAGAAUAA